AUGGCUCUCAAAGCCGUCCACGUCUCCGACGUUCCCUCCCUCGACCUCGUCCCGGAGAAUCCCUCCCUCUCCCUCCUCAACCGUUUCCCCAACGGUUUGGAGAUGAGCAAUGGCGGAUUCAAAUUGCCCAAGUUCGUUGUGAUCGGACACAGAGGAAACGGUAUGAAUGUUAUUCAAUCUUCCGAUCGGAGAAUGAGAGCCAUCAAAGAAAACUCCAUCAUGUCUUUCAACGCCGCUUCAACUUUUCCUCUUGAUUUCAUUGAAUUCGACGUUCAGGUCACCAGAGAUGACUGCCCAGUCAUUUUUCAUGAUGAUUACAUCUACUCCCAGGAAAAUGGUAAUGUAUUUGGGAAGAGAAUACCUGAGUUGUGUCUAUCUGAGUUUCUUUCCUAUGGGCUUCAAAGGGAGCCUGGAAUCGAAGGAAAAGUUUUGGUAAGAAAAACCAAAGAUGGAAGGAUAUUUAAUUGGGAAGUUGAACAAGAUGACACACUUUGUACCCUUCAAGAAGCGUUUGUCAAAGUUGAACCUUCUUUGGGUUUUAAUAUUGAGUUGAAGUUUGAUGACCAUAUUGUUUAUGAACAAAGUUAUCUUGUUCAUGUCCUUCAAACCAUCUUAAAGGUUGUUAUGGAUUAUGCCAAGGAUAGGCCUAUUAUAUUCUCUACUUUUCAACCGGAUGCUGCUAUAGUUGUUAGAAAAUUGCAAAGAACCUACCCUGUUUUCUUUUUGACUAAUGGAGGGUGUGAACUCUAUGAAGAUUUGAGGAGAAACUCUUUGGAAGAAGCCUUAAAGCUCAGUUUAGAAAAUGGAUUGGAAGGAAUUGUCUCUGAGAUUAAAGGGAUCUUUAGAAAUCCAGGAGCUGUAAACAAGAUCAAGGAGGCUAAUCUUUCUCUUUUAACAUAUGGAAAAUUGAAUAAUGUCCCGGAAGCAGUUUACAUGCAGCAUCUAAUGGGAAUUGAUGGGGUAAUAGUAGAUUUUGUGCAAGAGAUAACAGAAGCAGUUGCAGAUAUGAUGAAGCCAUCUAAAAUUGGCGAGGAAGAGGGAUUGAGUGAAGGAAUUGGGAAGGUGGAAGGGAACUCAAAGCCUCAAUUUUCACAGCUUGAGCUGUCUUUUCUUUACAAGCUCAUUCCACAAUUGCUAUUGUUAUAA